CGCCGAGGUGGCUACUCGCCUUUUAAGCGUCACACAUUUUACGUACUUUUUGACGUCAACUUCUCUUCGAGUAUAGUUUGGGAGAUCGUAAAGAUGGUAACAGAAAGUGAUUCAGUCGUGUAAUAAAUACCGCUUGGAACAGUUCGCAAGUUUUCAUUCCAGACAGUGUAUUACGUGAAGCUCUCUGAGCCACGUGCAUUUUGUUUAUCGCUGUUUGUGAUUGAUUUUUGCGGCAUGGGUGAAGAAACUCAAGCCGUCGACGGAAAAGUGACAUUAAAACGCAAAAUAACAUUAUUUAAUGGUGUUGGUAUAAUUAUUGGAACAAUAAUUGGCUCAGGAAUCUUCAUAUCUCCGACUGGAGUUUUUCUAUACACGGGAUCUGUAGCAGCGUCUUUACUGAUAUGGCUCGUGUGUGGGCUGUUAUCGACAUUAGGGGCACUUUGUUACGCCGAACUCGGCACCUCAAUAUGCCGGUCGGGCGGUGAUUACGCUUACAUUUACACCGCUUUCGGUCCCUUGCCCGCCUUCCUGAGGAUGUGGAUAGCUCUACUUAUCAUCAGACCGACGACCCAGGCAAUCGUGGCACUCACAUUUGGACAUUACGUCGUUAAGCCAUUCUUCCCCGAAUGUGAUCCACCACAAGAUGCCGUCAAACUACUUGCUGCUGUUUGUCUAAGUGUGCUGACAGCAAUCAACUGCAUUAGUGUGAGAUGGACGAUGCGCAUUCAAGACGUGUUUACAACAUCGAAACUGUUAGCUUUGGUUGUGAUCAUCAUAUCAGGAUUGUACUACAUUUGUAUCGGUCAUCACGAAAACUUCCAGAAUGCUUUCGAAGGCGAGUAUAGCGCGGGGAAGGUGGCCUUAGCGUUCUAUUCGGGUCUCUUUGCGUUCGGUGGCUGGAACUACCUUAACUUCGUCACCGAAGAACUUCAAGAUCCUUAUAAGAAUUUGCCGCGAGCGAUAUGGAUAGCUAUGCCGAUGGUGACAAUUAUUUACGUGAUGGCAAACUUGGCCUACUUCGCCGUGGUAUCCAAAAUGGAGAUGAUGUCCAAUCCGGCUGUAGCUGCAGUUUUCGGUGACCGCCUAUUCGGUGGGUGGAGUUGGUUGAUCCCAGUAUUCGUAGCUCUGUCAACAUUUGGAGGAGUCAAUGGUGUACUGUUUACGUCAGCACGCUUGUUCGCCACGGGGGCGCAAGAAGGUCACAUGCCAGGAUUCUUUACUCUUUUCCACGUGGACAAGCAAACGCCCAUUCCCUCACUUAUAUUUACGUGCUUCUUCUCCCUACUGAUGCUGACGACGAGCAAUGUCUUCGACCUUAUCAAUUACUUCUCGCAAACAUUAUGGCUAUCUGUCGGUGCGUCAGUCGUAGGGAUGCUGUGGCUCCGGCGAACCAAGCCCGACAUGCCGAGACCUAUCAAAGUUAACCUAAUCAUACCCUAUGUCUUCCUCAUUGCGAUUGGCUGUCUGGUUUUCAUUCCAGCGAUCACCAACCCUAUGGAUACAGGGAUUGGAUUAGCGAUUCUCUUAUCCGGUAUCCCAGUGUACUAUCUAUGUGUGAAGUGGAAAGGCAAACCCGAAUGUUACAACGCUUUCUCAGGCUGUGUUUUAAGAUUCCUGCAAAAGUUAUGCUCCUGUAUUUACGUCGAUUCAUUGGAGAAACUAUCUAAUUGAACGAAUGGAUGUUAUAAUAACGAAGAUACAUAUAUGAGCUUUCUUAAAUAAUGGACCAAUGUGUACUAUUGUACGUUGAUAGUUGAAGAGUAUUUAUUGGAUUUUUGGUGUCUUAUUUAUAUUAUUCUUGUGUCUAAAGUAUAUAAGUACCUAUAUAGAUUUUUAAAUAGUUUUACGUAUCUUAUAAUUCAACAUUUGUAUGUAGGUAUCUAUACUUACUGGUGGUAGAGCUUUGUGCAAGCUUGUCUGGGUAGGCACCACCCACUCAUCAGAUAUUCUACCGCAAAACAGCAGUAGUUGGUAUUGUUGUGUUCUGGUUUGAAGGGUGAGUGUGCCAGUGUAAUUACAGGCACAAGGGACAUAACAUCUUAGUUCCCAAGGUUGGUGACGCAUUGGUGAUGUAAGCGAUGAUUACCACAUACCAUCAGCUGGCCCAUAUGCUCGUCCGCCUUCCUAUUCUAUUACAAAAUAUAUACAGCGAUAAUAAGUAGAAUUUAUAAUCAAUACGAAAGUAAAUCAUAUACAUAUUGAACUCGUUAAUAAAUCCAUAUUUAUAUCAGUAGGUUUUUCGAAGUUAUUUUUACUUUAAUAUAUUAUUGUCUCUUUAUAAACGUAUAAAAUGGAUUUAACUUAACAAAAUAAUAAACACUAAAUAAAUAAACUAACUUUCAAAUUGAAUUUCUUGAUAAAAUAAAUUAAAUAUAUAAUGAGAUCAAGACAAGACGGGGCCAUGUAUUUAUAAAAAGGGGAGUUACAUCGAAAAAUAUUCUUCGCACAUUAUUUUUAUAAAAUUCAUGUUUUUAAUGUUUUUAUACAAUUGGUAAUGAAUACGUAAUAUUGUAUGUAAUAGUUAUUUUCAUUUUAACAAUAAUAUCAAUUGCUCUCUUUGUUUUAAAUGAAUAUUCAAUAAUAUUUUGAAUGAAUUAAAAGAUCUUGCUAUUUUAAUAAAUUAUGUAUGAUAUAUAAUAGCAACAAGUGUUUUGUCUUAUUAUAAGUUAAUACUGUUUUACUUAAAUGUAUAUAAUAUAUUAUAAUAUUAAGUAAAUAAAUAAUACCUACAUUCCGUAUUUUGUGCGACGUGUUAAAUUUAUUAUUUAAAAUAAAUUAUGUAUAAAUGAGCUUAAACGAAUCCAAUAUGCUCUAUUUAUAACUUAUUUUUAGUUAACAUUUUACAAUUCAAAUCUUAAUAAUUACUUGACGUAAUUUGUGUUGUUCUUUUUUGUCAUAAAGUAGAUUGAUAAACAGACAAUGGCUUUAUAGUUCACCUUUGCCCUUUCAAAGAGAAAUGAAAGGCAGAAAUGAAAAUAAUUGUGAUAUGUUAUUUUUAAUACGUAAUUGUCUCCAUAGUAAUAAUAUGUGUUCAAUACAAUGAUAAUUAUUUUCUUACUCUAGUAAGUAAAAAUAUUACAUAAUUAUAUCUUAUGUAAUAAUCCUCAUACAAGUCAUUACCUAAUAAAUAACUAUCUUUUAUGUAUUUAUAUAAAGCCAUUAUCACUCACGUGGAUACGAAUUUAUACGAUCGUAUUUAUGCCGCGUUCAGAUAUACCAAACAAUCGCCAACGAAAGGGUUUCACUGACUCUCGUUGAUUCUAUAAUAAAUGUUUGAGGAUAAAAAGUUGUUUGAUUUUAUAUGUCAAAUUCAGUUAAUCUAACAAACAGCUGCCCAUUACUGCACUUUGGCUUAAAGGUGUGUAAAACACCUUUAAGCCAUUUUAAAUUUGUGCUUUGAUUUUCAAAGUUAUAUACUUACAUAUAUAGAUAUCAUUACUAUAUACCUAACUUGUUUAUUGAUAUGGGAUGAAGCAGCAUUUAUUUAUUAGAAUAGAAUUGAUAAAUUCAGCACUAUAUAUAAUUAUCGUUAUUACAAUAUCAUAGAAUAAUCUUCAGUAAUUAUUAUUUGUAAUAAUGCAACAUGAAGUAACUAAAAAUUUGUUAAGAUGAAUUUUUAUUUAAAUUUAUAAUUUAAAAAAAACAUGUUAUAAAUCAUCUGCAAGCCCGUCCGUGUAGCUGAUCUUCAGAUAAUCUACCACUUUACAUUGUUUUGUUGCGUUCCUGUUAAAGGUUGAGAAGGAUUGGUGUUCUUGGAAUUACAAGUACAAGAGUUAGUUACUAAGGAUAAUGGCGGAUUGACAGCCUGUGCCAUUUCCUGUACCCAAUUACCCGUCUACGCCUAUCUAUAAAAAUAAUAUUUAUGUAUGUUUUGAAAUAUAAGCAAUUGAAAACCAUGUUAAUUUAUUAUAAUAUUGAUUUCAUAUGCAAGUUAUAUGUAUUUAUAAUUUUAUAUAAAAAUAAUAAUAUAAUACUACCCCCAGAGCUUUAAUUAAGUGUUUAGUUAAAGAUUCGAAUAUAGUAAUUAUAUAACUUAAUAUUUUGUUCUAUUUA